GCGUGGGUGACACUGUAGAGGUUACAGUGUUGACACGUUAUCUCCUCAAUUGAGUCCAAACUUAAUUCUGUCUCUGUUUGAUUCCUUGCCUUUUUGUCUUGUUUAAUAGAUGUCAUCAGUGUUUGAACCUGACAGUCUACCAGCAUGGAAUCUCCCCAAUAAUCAUUUGCCUCUUGCUCAUAUAUGAGGUUCCCAUGAUUCUGCAUAGGUGGUGGGCUUUUCUCACAGCUUGUGCAGCAACAAGGUCAGGCUCACUCUUAGCUCAGUCAGGGAGUAGCAAGAGAGCAUUUCCAGCACACUGGAUUGAGGGUCAACAGUUUCCAGGGCAGGCAUCUUUGAGGACAAAGAGGAAGUAGAAGAGUCAGAAGCGCGCUGGCUCGUGGUCGAGUCACUUUCAGAAGUUUUCCAUCGACCCAAGCAAAAACCGUCAAUGGAAUCUAAAGGCGCAAGCUGGUUGAGGAAGAGGUGUGCUCUGCUGGGGAAGAGAAUUGACAAGCCAGUGCUGUAGGAGGUCAUCCGGAAGUGGAAUCGGCAAAGGAUCAACUUCCCCAUUCAGAGGGCAAAUUACUAUUAUUGUCACAUGACUGACUUAAGUUUAAGUUCAUCCCUAAACUGACCCCAGUCCAGUUCAAUAGAGUUCCACAAGUUCGAGCCAUGGACAGAAAAGGCUAACUGUUGAUAAGAAACUUUGAUGUUUUCCCCUGAAGGAUGCUAAUUGACAUCAAUGUGGCUCAGUUGCCACAAUUUGUGUAGACAACAAAUGUGUCGAGUAGACAGCGCUGAGUCCACAUUGAUGACAUUGGUAACUGCACACAUGCAUCUUUUAUGCACGGCUGGUGACGUCUAUGCGUUGCCAACUUGUUCACAUGAAAGAGAUCCCCUUACAACCCUCUGUUGGCUUCCCAAUGGACAGGAUGCUCACGUUAUCUACUAAUGUAACAAUUCAAUAAUUGUACCCACUCUGGAUCUAUUGCAGCCGGUCACCCUGGAGGUUUCUCCUUUUUCCCAGUUUGGGAUUCGAAGUUUUUUCUGGGUUUGGAUCAGGGGAUGCCGUUGUGGUUUGCAAAGCCCUUUGAGGCACCUGUGAUUAAGGGCUAUGUAAAUAAAUUGUGAUUGAUUGAUUGAUAAGAAUGACACAAAACAAGAAAAAUAGUAACGUUUCCCUCAAUGAAAAGACUCAUUAUGUGGCUUUGUUUGAGCAUUAGAUGUGAAAGAUAAACAGAUAUCAGUGCCAUCCGACAGAGAGGCUGAUAUUGAUGGCGUGGGAGAAGGGAGGGGGAUGGGGACAUUGUCCCGUCGAGAGGCAAUCAAUGCACACAUCCUGUGAACCCAGCAUGUAACACGGUAGAGCACUUCCUACCCGCUGCCUGCCAGCACAAACGCAGGGAGACAAAGGCAACAGGAAGCAAAACAUUGUGGAUUCUAAUUUGGAACAUCACCACACCUCCAUGGGUUAGCCAUACUGGCGCCCUGGAUUCCUUGGACUAAACUGUCAUCAUGAAGUUUGGCAAGCGGCAAAAAGGGAUCUCGAUGAUUUCUUGAGGGUAUGUGGCAAUAGAGUGGUGAGAACCUGACCAUGGGUGACUGGAACCUACUGGGCAGCAUCCUGGAAGAGGUCCACAUUCAUUCGACUAUCGUGGGCAAGAUUUGGCUGACCAUCCUCUUCAUUUUCCGCAUGCUGAUCCUGGGGGCAGCCGCCGAGGACGUUUGGGACGACGAGCAGUCGGAGUUCGUCUGCAACACCGACCAGCCAGGGUGCAAGGCUGUCUGCUAUGACCGCGCCUUCCCCAUCUCGCUCAUCCGAUUCUGGGUGUUGCAAGUCAUCUUUGUCUCGGCGCCCUCGCUCGUCUACAUGGGCCACGCCCUCUACUGUAUCCGAGCCCUGGAGAAAGAGCGCCAUAGGAAACGGAUACAGCUGAAGGAGGAGCUGGAUGAGGCGGAACUAGCGCUGGAUGAGCACAAACGGAUGGAGAGGGAGCUGAGGAGGCUGGACGAGCUGAGAAAGGUGAAGAGGGCGCCCCUGAGAGGGUCUCUCUUGAGGACGUAUAUCAUCCAUAUCCUUACACGCUCAGCGCUGGAGGUGUUGUUCAUCCUGGGACAAUAUGUUCUUUAUGGUGUACAACUCGACCCGCUUUACAAAUGCGAGUGGAUACCUUGCCCUAACAGUGUGGACUGUUACAUCUCGAGGCCAACAGAGAAAACUAUCUUCAUGGUCUUCAUGAUCGCUAUUGCUGGGGUUUCUCUCUUCCUCAACAUUCUGGAAAUAUCCCACCUUGGUAUCAGGAAGAUCAAACAGAGCCUCUCUGGAGACAAGUACAUGGAGGAGGACAGUUUGAUCUUCAAGUCGAAGAGGAACGUGUCAUUAUCGCAUCAUUGUGUGAUGUCACCUUACGAUGGACCUUUGACUCAGACCUUCAAAGUCAUACCAGAAGAAGACGUUAACCCCUCGCAUUACUUUGGGAUCAAAACCGGUCACGAGGCCCAGAGGAACAACAGCGUGGCUCAUUUGGGGCACACGCAGGCCAGCUAUCUCUGCCCCCAACCCAGGACACCAAACAGAUCUGUCCAGAACUGUGUCCUCUCCCAAGCUCAGCAAGGUCCAGAGGUCUUCACAACAAAAGUGGACCAUCAUCUUUGUUGGCCGUCUGUGGUGUCUAACGUGGAGGGAAGUGCAUCAAGCCCUCAGGAGGACACGCAUCUGGGACAAUAUCAAGGCUCUCUUCUGUCCAACAACACAAUACGACCCUCUUCUACAGACCUCCUUGACAGAGAGAACCGAAGAGACUCGAUGGGGAGCGAGCACCUCAUCCACAAACCGAGAAAAACCAGCUUCAUGAUCAGACCUACGUCUGAAAGCUUAUCAUCAAUCAGUGGUUCCACAAGUCAGUCCUUACAUUCCUCAGAAGAAUCAGAUGAACUUGGAUCGCUGCAGGGAGACAUGCCCAUGAUGCCACCUGCUGGAGGCAGGAGAAUGUCAAUGAGUGUGUUUCUGGACAUUUCAUCGAUCAUGAAGAAGUGAGGACACGUAACGUCCUGACAAGGCUAUCAAAGAUAAGACGAAGUGGGUACUUUGUGGCUACUUUUAAGCAUUGGGAUUUUUUUUUUUAACAGACUUUGUUGUGUGUUCUGACAACACACACAUUUUUGGAUUAUGAAGCAUAUUUUGUCGUGUAAUGUGUUUUUCUAAGCGAGGUUUGAUGAGAACAUGUUUGUCAUUCUGUAUCGUUUACACAAAACAUUUGUAAUAAACAGCAAAGGCGUUGUUAGCACAAACGUCAUCAAA